AUGGGGAUUGUGAAUUUCAUAAAGGAGAACAGUCAAGUCCUCAUUCAAAGGAUGGGAAUGACUGUUAUAAAGCAAAUUAUGGAUGAUCUGUUUGUAUGGAAUGUUGUGAAUUGUGAAGAAGUAAACAUCAUCUGCCGUGAGAAGGUCGAGCAGGAUGCUGCAAGAGGGAUCAUUCACAUGAUUUUGAAGAAGGGUUCAGAGUCCUGUAACCUUUUUCUCAAAUCUCUUGAAAAGUGGAACUAUCCUCUAUUUCAGGACUUGAGUGGACAAAGUCUUUUUCAUCAGAUAUCAGAAGGAGACUUGGACGAUUUGGCUCAGGAUUUAAAGGUUUUGUACCAUACCCCAUCUUUUCUGAACUUCUAUCCCCUGGGUGAAGAUAUUGACAUUAUUUUUAACUUGAAAAGCACCUUCACAGAACCCACCCUAUGGAGGAAGGACCAUCACCAUCACCGUGUGGAGCAGCUGAGCCUCAGUGGUCUGCUUGAGACUCUUCAGAGCCCCUGCAUCAUCGAAGGGGAAUCGGGCAAAGGCAAGUCCACUCUGCUACAGCGAAUCGCCAUGCUCUGGGCCUCCGGAAAGUGCGGGGCUCUGACCAAGUUCAAAUUCGUCUUCUUUCUUCGUCUGAGCAGGGCCCAGGGAGGGCUCUUUGAAACCCUGUGCGAUCAACUCCUGGAUGUACCUGACACGAUCAGCAAGCGGACUUUCAUGGCCAUGCUGCUGAAGCUGCGGCAGAAGGUUCUUUUUCUCCUUGAUGGCUACAAUGAAUUCAAGCCCCAGAACUGCCCAGAAAUCGAAGCGCUGAUAAAGGAAAACCACCGCUUUAAGAAUAUGGUCAUGAUCACCACCACCACCGAGUGCCUGAGGCACAUCAGGCAGUUUGGUGCCCUGACUGCCGAGGUGGGAGAUAUGAGAGAGGACAGUGCCCAAGCCCUCAUCCGGCAAGUGCUAAUAAAGGAGCUCGCUGAAGGCUUAUUGCUCCAAAUUCAGAAAUCCAGGUGCUUGAAGAAUCUGAUGAAGACCCCUCUCUUUGUGGUCAUAACUUGUGCGAUCCAGAUGGGCGAAAGUGAGUUCCACUCUCACACACAAACAACGCUGUUCCGUACCUUCUAUGAUCUGCUGAUACAUAAAAACAAACACAAACAUAAAGGCAUGAGUGCAAGUGACUUCACCCGGAGCCUGGACCACUGUGGAGACCUUGCUCUCGAGGGUGUGUUCUCCCACAGGUUCGAUUUCGAACUGGAGGAUGUGUCCAGCGUGAAUGAGGAUGUGCUCUUGACCACUGGACUCCUCUGUAAAUACACAGCUCAAAGGUUCAAGCCAAAGUAUAAAUUCUUUCAUAAAUCGUUCCAGGAGUACACAGCAGGACGAAGACUCAGCAAUUUAUUGGUGUCUCGUGAGCCAGAGGAGGUGAGCCAGGGGAAAGAUUACUUGCAGAAGAUGGUUUCCAUUUCAGACAUUACAUCCACAUAUAGCAACCUGCUCCUGUACACAUGUGGGUCAUCUGCCGAAGCCACCAGGGCUGUUAUGAAACACCUUGCAGCAGUGCAUCAACACGGCAGCCUCCUUGGGCUUUCCAUCACCAAGAGGCCUCUCUGGAGAAGAGAUUCUAUGCAAAAUGUGAAGAACACCACUGAGCAAGAAAUUCUGAAAGCCAUAAAUAUCAAUUCCUUUGCAGAGUGUGGCAUCCAUUUAUUCCAUGAGAGUAUAUCCAAGUCAGCACUGAGCCAAGAAUUUGAAGAUUUCUUUCAUGGUAAAAGCUUAUAUAUCAACUCAGAUAACAUCCCCGAUUACUUAUUUGACUUCUUUGAGUACUUGCCUAAUUGUGCAAGUGCUCUAGACUUCAUUAAACUGGACUUCUACGGGGGAGCUACGGCUUCGCAGGACAAGGCUACUGAAGACACGAGAACUCACACAGAGAAGUCCUCAGAAACCUACAUUCCCAGUAGGGCUGUGUCUCUGUUCUUCAACUGGAAGCAGGAAUUUAAGACUCUGGAGGUCACCCUCCGGGAUUUCAGCAAGUUGAAUAAGCAAGAUAUCAAAUAUCUGGGAAAGAUAUUCAGCUCUGCCACAAGCCUCAGGCUGUGCAUUAAGAGAUGCGCUGGUGUGGCUGGAAGCCUCAGUUCGGUCCUCAGCACCUGCAAGAACAUUCAUUCCCUCGUGGUAGAAGCCAGUCCCCUCACCAUAGAAGACGAGCAGCACAUCACAUGUGUGACAAACCUGAAAACUUUGAGUAUUCAUGACCUACAGACGCAACGGCUGCCAGGUGGUCUGACUGACAACUUGGGUAAUUUGAAGAACCUUAUGAAACUCAUACUGGAUAACAUUAAGAUGAAUGAAGAAGAUGCUAUAAGACUAGCUGAAGGUCUGACAAACCUGAAGAAGAUGUGUUUAUUUCGUUUGACCCACUUGUCUGACAUUGGUGAAGGAAUGGAUUACAUAGUCAAGUCUCUGUCAGGUGAACCCUGUGACCUUGAAGAAAUCCAAUUAGUCUCCUGCUGCCUGACAGUAAAUGCUGUGAAAACUCUAGCUCAGAAUCUUCAUAAUUUGGUCAAACUGAGCAUGCUUGAUUUAUCAGAAAAUUAUCUGGAAAAGGAUGGAAAUGAAGCUCUACAUGAACUGAUUGACAGGCUGAACAUCCUGGAACAGCUAACUGCUCUGAUGCUACCCUGGUGCUGUGAUGUGCGAGUCAGCCUGACCAGCCUGUUGGAGAAACUGGAGGGGACCCCACGGCUCAUCAAGCUUGGGUUGAAAAACUGGAGACUCACAGAUGCAGAGAUUAGAAUUUUAGGUGCAUUUUUUGAAGAGAACCUUCUGACAAACUUCCAGCAGUUGGAUUUGGCAGGAAAUUGUGUGAACAGUGAUGGAUGGCUUGCCUUCAUGGGUGUAUUUGAAAAGCUGAAGCAAUUAGUGUUUUUUGAUUUCAGUAGAAAAAGGUUUUUACCUGAUGCGGCAUUAGUAAGAAAACUUAGCCAUGUGUUAUCCAAGUUAACUUUUUUGCAAGAAGCUAGGCUUGUUGGGUGGCAACUUGAUGAUGAUGAUCUCAGUGUCAUUAAAGGUGCUUUUAAACUAGUAACUGCUUAA